GAAACAGUUCGGACAAAGUUAAGAGCCGGUGAAACGCAAGACUGAAAGCAGAAAAACCCAAAAGCUACUGUGACAUUACCAAAAAGAUUUAAAAUGUCAUAUCGUGGUCGCUCGUACACAAAUUUCGGCUUGUUGACCAGACUGUGCUUCAUGCUCGCACUGGCUUUGAUUUUCCAGCUAAACGGAAUACAUGGCAUCCCAUUUUUUCCAAAACCUAUUGACUGUGGUCCGCCCAAUGUUUAUCCUGAGCUCUGUGUUCAUGGUAACUUCAGUGUGAAUUUCAACCCUGAGUUCUGCCUUGCACGCACAAUAUGCUAUAAGGGUCUGGGUGAGUCCUGCCAACAGUAUGGAGAGGCAAGCGAUUGCAAGCCAGGCUUAUACUGCAGCUGCGACCGCUGCAGUCGAAAAUUGACGCUCUGCGGCAGCAAUGUACCCAAACUUUCGCCUUGGGCAGAGUUUGCGAAACGCAUGCAACCAAAUCUGCAGGAAUACGGUUUUUAAGAUGACACAUUUGGUUGUCGGCUGUUGGGUGUUAAACAAUUAAUUAAACGAAAACAUAAAAUGCAGGCUCAGCUUGAAAGAUAUACAUUUGUUUAUGCACUAUAAUAUGUAGUACUCGUAUAACUAAUUAUUUAAUAUUUAACUAGAAAAGAAUAGUGACAUCUGGCAGCCACUAUGCAUAUAUAUAAUGACUAUGACUUAAAAUAUUAAAACCAUUCACGAAAUGUCGUAUAAAUAUUCGUAUGAAAUCAUUUACAUUACUCCUGAAAUAAAGAU